AUGGGACUCCGGUCUAACCUUUAUUCCUCAUAUACAAGACCUUCGUGUGUUAAAACAUCUCGAAUAGCGAGAACAGCGCGCCAAUUUCAGGGCAAGAAUUGGGGUCAGAGCCCCCAUUUUCAGAAACUGUUAUAUCUCACAGUUGCAGAGAAAAUCGCAUUAUAUGCAGCCCCAAUCUGGGCAAACCCAAUGGGAGCCAGGAAAAUCCGUCAACUAUCAGCCUUGCAAAGACCUUUUGCGAUAAACCUAUGCAAAGCAUAUCGAACUACAGCCACAAAUGCAGCACAGGUACUAGCUGGUAUCAUACCACUGCAUAUCAAAGCCUUAAUGGAAUCUGCAUAUGCCCAACUGAUCCACUUGCGCCGAGAUGCGACAUUUGGAAACACUACCUAUAGCCCAGUCCAAUAUGAGCAUCGGGGCGACGUAUUGCGUACACAUCCCUCAAUAAAAGGGACAGGCAUACGCACAGUUAAAUCCAACUGCCUUCAUCGAGACACCCUCACGAAGAUAUACACGGAUGGCUCGAAGCAUGAACAUGGAGUAGGUAGUGCCUUUAUACACUAUGAUGGUUCCAACACCGAAUACACAUGGAAAGGACAUCUGAAACCGGAAAACAGCGUCUUUCAGGCGGAAGGAAGUUACUGCUCUCACAGCAGCGGUACAGCAUAUACUCAACAACAAUAUACAGGCAGCUACCAUAUACACGGACAGCCUUUCAGCAAUAAAUGCAAUAGAAAAUCAACACCAUGUAUCGCCGAGCAUCAUUAA